CUGGAGAGUUCCUCCUGAUUGGCAGGUUGUGAGCCGAUCCCUGUGAACUAUCUGGAAUGGAGCAAUCCUGAGUCUAUCAUCCAGAUGGUCUUCUCCUGCCUAGGCAUCCUGGUGACAUCUUUUGUGGCCUUGGUCUUCGUUCUGUACAGGGACACACCUGUGGUUAAAUCCUCCAGCCGGGAACUCUGCUACAUCAUCCUGGCAGGAAUUUUCCUGGGCUAUCUCUGUCCUUUCACCCUCAUUGCACGGCCAACAGUGGUGUCCUGCUACCUUCAGAGGCUUCUCGUUGGACUCUCAGCCACCAUGUGUUACUCCGCCCUGGUGACCAAAACCAAUCGCAUUGCCCGCAUCCUGGCAGGCAGCAAAAAAAAGAUUUGCACCAGGAAACCAAGAUUCAUGAGUGCUUGGGCUCAGGUGGUUAUUGCCUUCAUCCUAAUCAGUCUUCAGCUAACGUUAGAAGUUACACUCAUCAUCAUGGAGCCCCCUGAACCAAUCAAAUCCUAUCCCAGCAUCAGAGAGGUCUUCUUAAUCUGCAACACCAGCAAUUUGGGUGUCGUAGCUCCACUGGGCUUCAAUGGCCUUCUCAUCAUGAGCUGCACCUACUAUGCCUUUAAGACCCGCAAUGUUCCUGCCAAUUUCAAUGAAGCCAAAUACAUUGCCUUCACCAUGUACACAACGUGCAUCAUCUGGCUGGCAUUCGUGCCCAUUUACUUCGGCAGCAACUACAAGAUCAUCACCACAUCCUUCUCUGUCAGCCUCAGUGUGACUGUUGCUUUGGGGUGCAUGUUCACGCCAAAGAUGUACAUCAUCAUUGCCAAGCCAGAGCGGAACGUGCGCAGUGCAUUUACCACCUCCGAUGCUGUGCGCAUGCAUGUGGGAGAUGGUAAAAUAGCCUGCCGAAGUAACAGCCUUCUGAACAUGUUUAAGAGGAAGAAGAACACUGAAAAUGGCAGUUCUAAUGGAAAGUCUGUGUCAUGGUCUGAACCAGGUGCAAGACAUCCUCCGAAAGGAGAUCAUAUGUGGCACAGACUGUCAGUGCAUGUGAAGAGACAGGAAGCAGGUUCCAAUCAGAUGGCUGUCAUCAAACCAUUAGCUAGCACCUACCAAAACACAAGCCGGGAGUUCACAGACCUCAGCACUAAGACUUUGUACAACGUGGCCGAGGAGGAUGAAAGUCCCUCUCCCCCCAUGUUGGCCCGUGGGCAAACGAAAGAUGUGGGGGAGGAGGUGAAGACCUACUCCCCCAAGCUUCUGCAGCAGAAUUGCAUCAUCCCUCAGCACGCUGCCAAUGAGCACCUCCUGGAAGCAGUGUCAUUAAACAACAGUGGCUUCCAUGAGCUCAGCAGUGUCAUUAGUUUACCACAGGCUGCGAGCAGCGGCAUGCCAGUGUACCACCAGGCUCACCUCAUCCAACAGGACCCAGUCCUCCCUAUCCUCGACCCAUUUGAUGAUGAGCCUGUCUCUCCAUUAGAUGAGGAAGAGGAGGACAGUGAGCACUGUGGACUUCUCCAAGGCUAUAUGUACAACAAUGCCCAGAUUCAUGACAAGAAGGACUUGGUUGAUGUCAAACUAAAAAUGGAGGACUCUGUGGCUCUGAUGCCUCCCUCCCCUUUCCGUGAUUGCACUGGUCCUCCAGUGAGCUCGUACCUCAACUCACCGGUGUCUGAAUCUAUUUUGUGCACCCCUCCAAAUGUAACUUAUGCCUCUGUCAUCUUCAGAGACUUCAAGCAAAGCUCCUCGACUCUGUGAUGACUUUAAAAAUGUUUUGAGUUCUGCUACAUGUUCAAGCUAUGGUAUCUCACUGGGCUGUGACUGCUGGUAACUAGCUGGUAAACGGUCAAUGGAAUUCAUGAAGGAAAUACUUUACUGUGAGAUAUUUUCUCUCAGACCUGACACAAGUCAUUAUGGAUGCAUCAAAAUCAUCUCAAAUAGUUGAACGUGUCUCCAACAGGUCUCAGGAAUGCAACAGUUGUAUUCUAAUGUAUGUGUGGCAGUUCUUCUCUGACAGUCUAAAAACCAUGUUGAUGAAACAAACUGGUCUAAAUCUGCCUAGCUCCGAUACUAAAGUAAAGAGCCUGACCAU